AUGUCUUACAAGAUUCCGUUGUCUGAGCCCAUCGCCAUUGUGGGCAGCAGCUGCCGCUUUACGGGCGAAGCCACAUCCCCCGCCAAGCUGUGGGAGCUUCUGAAGGAUCCCAAGGAUCUUACGCGCGAAGUCCCCAAGAAUCGGUUCAACGUCGAGGGCUUCUACCACCCCGAUGGCGAGUAUCACGGCACUACCAAUUCGGCCAAGGCCUACUUCAUCGAACAGGACCAUCGCCUCUUCGAUGCCAGCUUCUUCAACAUCACCCCGAAGGAGGCUGAAGCUAUUGAUCCCCAACAGCGCAUGCUGCUAGAGGUAGUGUACGAGGCUCUCGAGUCCGCUGGCUACACCCUCCAGGAUUACUCUGGCAAGAAGGUCGCCGUCUUCGCUGGUGUGAUGACUGCCGAUUACGACACCCUUUCUCAGCGCGAUGAUCUUUCCGUCAGCCAGUACUACGCCACUGGCAAUGCUCGCUCCAUUAUUUCGAACCGCGUGUCGUACUUCUUCAACUUCCAUGGUCCUUCUAUGACCAUUGACACUGCCUGCUCUUCCAGUCUGGUCGCUCUUCACCAGGCCGUCCUCUCUCUCCGCUCGGGUGAGGCUGAGAUGGCAUGUGUUUCAGGUGUCAACUUGAUUCUCACCCCUGAGCAGUUCGUCGUCGAAUCGAGCUUGCACAUGCUUAGUCCCACUGGCCGCUGCCACAUGUGGGACGAUCGCGCUGAUGGUUAUGCACGUGGCGAGGGUGUCGCCGCGAUCUUCAUCAAGCCUCUUAGCAAGGCUUUGGCCGACGGCGAUCGUAUUGAGGCCAUCAUUCGCGAGACCGGUGUCAACUCUGACGGCCGCAGCAAGGGCAUCACGAUGCCCAACUGGGAGGCACAGUCCGCCCUCAUCCAAGACACCUAUCGUCGCUCGGGCUUGAACGCCAGAGACCCCAUUGAUCGUUGCCAAUUCUUCGAGGCUCAUGGUACCGGCACUGCUGCUGGUGAUCCCAAUGAGGCUAGAGCGAUUGAGGAUGCCUUUUUCGGCCGUAACGUCAGCACUUCGAGCCAAGACACGGCCGAAGUGUCAAAGCUGCUUGUGGGCUCUGUCAAGACUGUCAUCGGUCACACCGAAGGUGCUGCCGGAUUGGCUGGUCUCUUCAAGGUGGUUCAUGCCAUGAUCAACGGCACUGUGCCUCCUAACUUGCACUUCAACAGACUUCAGCCAGCUGUCGCCAAGUACUACUCGCACCUUCAUGUGCCCACCAAGGCCCUUGCCUGGCCUUCUGUCCCGGCUGGCCAGCCCAGACGUGCCACUGUUAAUUCCUUCGGAUUCGGAGGAACCAACUCGAGUGCAAUUUGCGAGAUGUACGUUCCGGAGAUUCAUAACCCGGUCGCCAAGAUCUUUGCUCCGACCCUCAUUGCGCCCAAGCUCAUCAAUUCGGGCUCUCUUUCGGCUGAUGGCCAGAUUCGUCUGCCCCUGGUCCUUUCCGCCAGCUCGCCCAGGUCUAUGGGCGCUGUUGCCAAGUGUUAUCGCGAUUACCUCGCGCAGCAGGUGUCGUUGCCUCUUGAGGAGGCUGCGUGGCAUGCGUACAAGAACCGCACCGCUUUCCCCUACCGCACUGUCGUUACCGGAUCUUCAUUGUCCGACAUUAUGAAGGGUCUUGACACCUUGAUUGCAAAGGCCGAUGCUGGCAAAGCGGCUACAAUCAGUGUCCGCGCUCGCCCCGAGACCGAUGUCCCCAAGAUCCUGGGUAUUUUUACCGGCCAAGGUGCUCAGUGGGCCACCAUGUCUCGUGCUUUACUGCAGAGCAACAACGUUUAUGCUCAGUCCAUUCGGAACCUCGACCAGGUCCUUCAGGCCUGCCCUCACCCGCCCUCGUGGUUCCUUGAACAGGAGAUCAUGGCCGAUGCAAGUCUCUCUAGAGUUGGGAAGGCGGCCAUCUCCCAGCCUCUCUGCACCGCGGUCCAGAUCGCCCUCAUUGAUCUCCUCGCUCACUUAGGCAUUACUUUCCAUACCGUUGUCGGUCAUUCAUCCGGCGAAAUCGCUGCGGCUUACGCGGCGGGCAAACUUUCAGCUCGCGAUUCGAUUCUCAUCUCUUAUUAUCGCGGAAAAUACGCUCACCUCGCCAGCGGUACCCAGGGCAGUCUGGGUGGCAUGAUGGCUGCAGGUUUGACGAAGGCAGAAGCCGAAGAGCUCUGCGCCCUGCCUCAGUUUGGCAGCCGCGUUUGCGUUGCUGCCAGCAACGGACCCAGCAGUGUCACCUUGUCAGGCGACCUUGACAUCGUGCAAAAGGUCCAUGAUCACCUUGUCGACGAGAAGAAGUUUGCGAGGAUGCUCCAGGUCGACACAGCCUAUCACUCGCCUCACAUGGUGCGCCCUGCUACUGAGUACAUUGAGGCCCUCAAGGCUUGCAACAUAGCUCCAUUGCAGGACGGCAACGGCACCACCUGGGUGUCCAGCGUCUACGGUCAUGGUGAGCCCACUUCCGAAGAGCUCGCGUCCUCCUACUGGCGCGACAACAUGGUCAAUGCAGUCCUUUUCUUCGAGGCUGUCAGCACUGCUCUGGAAGGACAAGGUCCCUUUGACUGUGCCAUCGAGGUUGGACCUCACGCUGCCCUGCGCGGCCCCGUCAUUCAGACCAUGAAGGCCAAGUCGGGAGAGGCCAUUAUCUACUCUGGUCUUCUCGACAGGAAGCUCGACGAUCGCAUUGCUUUUGCGGACUUCUUGGGCUGGAUGUGGUCCAACUUUGGCUCAUCAUCAUCAUUGAUUGAGAAGUUUGUUCAGAGCUCAGUCAAUCCUGAAUUGGCUCACCUUCGUUUCCAUCAGGGUCCGAAUUAUCCUUGGGACCACUCGCAUACCUACUACCGCGAGUCACGCAUUUCUCGUCAGUAUCACUUCAGGACCCACAAACCCCAUGAGCUUCUUGGUAUUCGUACCAGGGAUGACAACGAGCAUGAGCUCAGAUGGCGCAACAUCAUGAAGUACGCCAAGCUCCCAUGGGCCCAGGGCCACAAAUUCCAAGGACAGGCGCUGCUUCCGGCUUCAGCAUACUGUAUUAUGGUUUUGGAUGCUGCACGCGUCCUCUUGGGCAAUCGCGCCGCUUCUCUUGUCGAGCUGCGCGACUUGAAGUUUAUGGCUGGCAUCACGCUCGAGCCUGAGUCUCCCGGUGUUGAGACCCUCUUCUCUUUGGUGGUGUCCAAUUCUCCCAAGAACGCCGCCACUAUCGAGGCCUUAUUUACGCUGACCUCGGCGCCUGCUGACGGCACCAUUGACAUGAAGCUGAAUUUCAGUGGACAGCUUCAUAUUGUCCUCGGAGAGAAGUCUCCCAACGCACUGUGCCAUCGUCCUGCGCAGCGCGCUGAGACCCUCACCGCCCAACCCGAGGCGUUCUACAAGAUGAUGGCAGGUACAGGUCUGGAUUACAACGGACCUUUCAAGGGAUUGACAGCCAUUGAGCGUCGCUAUCAGUUUUCCUCUGGCACUGUGAAGAGGUUCCAUGCAGAUGACCAGACUGGCUUGGACAUCAGCCCUGCCACGCUGGACAGCUGCUUGCAGACUGCGUUCCUCACUGUUUCUUCUCCCGGUGACGGGUCCCUGUGGACUUCGUUCCUUCCCAAGGUGAUGAGUCGUGUCAAGUUCAACCUUGCUACCUGUCGCAGCGGUGUGCGCGAUGAUGACCUUGCUGUUGAUGCCUAUCUUACCAAAGGCACUCCUUUCUCCAAAACGGCUGCAGCUUCGUUCACAGCUGAGAUCAACAUCUACAACCCCGAGGGCGACUUAGAGAUUCAAAUUGAGGGUCUCACCGUUGGCUCCUUCACAUCGACUCGCCCCGAGAAUGAUAAGGAGCUUUAUCUCACUACCGUCUACGAACUUGACCCUGAGGAUGAGAUCGUUGCUUCUCCACCAGAAGCCCUCAAUGGCGUGAGCCCCAUGCUUUUUGAGAGCUGUGCCAGAGUUGCCUCGUUUUACGUUGAGCGUGCUGCGCUUAAAUGCCUCAAGGAGACGCCCAGGGAUCUGCUUGAGCCAGCGGGUUACCAGACCGAGACUCGCUUGGUUUCCAACUCCUGGCCCAACGAGACCGAGCAGAGUCUGGAGAAGUUCAUCCGUUCUUCUCCCUACUUCAUGACUCUCGACUUUGUUCGUCACCUGGGAGAGAAUCUCCCUGACGUCCUUCCGGGCAUGCUCCCUACCUUGGUUCAAGAGGCACAGCAGCUCGCCUAUUUUCAGAAGCAGGUCGGCCGUGUUGUUCGCCAGAUCGUUCACAAGUACCCUCGCAUGAACAUUCUUGGCCUGACUGAUCCCGAAUUGGGCUUGACCGAGCAUAUUAUGGCAGCACUCGAUGGAUCGUUCCUUAGCUACCGCAUUGGUGGCAAGCCUGAGACAAACCUCAAGGAGCGUACUCCUCUUGCCGAAGGGAUUCGCAAGAAGAUCAUGAUUGACGAGGUUGACUUCGAGAGCGAUGCUGAAUCUGCCGGAGGACCUUAUGAUCUUGUGGUCCUCAACACGUCCAUCCUCGACAACAAGAAGACUCAUUCCGCGCUCCAGCUUAUCAGGGAUUCGAUGCGUCCUGGCGGCUUUCUUGUUGUCGUCCAUGCAUCUCGUACUCCGCUUAAGGAGAGGAUGCUUCGUUGCGCUGGCCGUACUUCGAGCGACGACGGAAUCGCCACACCUCCUGACUGGCCUGAUCUCAUCGAAGAUUGCGGAUUCGAGAACACUGCUAAGAACUCGGAUAUGUGGUUCAAUCCUGGAUUCACUCUCAGUGUAAGACAGGCAAUGUCACAGAGGAAGAAGCAACUGCUCUGGCCUCUGCAUCACGCCACCGCAACUCCUCUUGUGAAGCAUCUUCUGAUCGUGGGUGGUAAGAAGGUCUGGACGUCUUGCAUUUCCUCUGGUGUUUUCCAGGAACUUGCCUCUUUCUGUGCAAAGAUCACCGCUGUCGACUCCUUGGAGGAUAUCCACAAUGAUGAGUUGCUCUCAUCUUGCACCGCAGCCAUCAUCCUUGGCGAUAUUGACCAGCCUAUUCUUGCUGAUAUGACGGCCGAGCGGAUGGACACCAUUCGGUCCUUGCUGCGCCCCCAAAUGCUCAUCAUGUGGGUUACCCAUAAUGCCAGGUUCAACAACCCCGAUCAUGCCGCAUCGCUUGGCUUCACUCGAACGGUUACCGGUGAAGUCCCUGGCUUGCAUAUACAAAUGCUCGAUCUCGACACCAUUGAUACCUGUCCGGCUGUUCGCGCCGUGUCCAAGACGUUUGCUCGUUUCAUCGUUUAUUUCCUCGGCCCCAAGAAUGAGGAUGAUGAGCCCCUGUGGGUUCGUGAGCACGAGGUACACGUUGAGGGUGGCCGCUUGAUCGUUCCUCGCGUUCUCCCGUGGAAAGAGGGUAAUCAGCGUGUCAAUGCGCCUCGCCGCGUGGUGACCGAUACAGUCAACACUCUGGAAGACGUUGUUGAGGUCCUCGCUUCAGCCUCUGGCCGGUACGAGACUCGGGUCGAGAAGAGCAAAUCCUAUCCUUCGCAUGCCGAAUCGGCGAUGCACGUGGACUACAGCACUGUCAACGUGUUCAAUGUUGGAGGCAUUUGCUCCGGUCAUAUCUGCAUUGGCCGCAACAACGAGACUGGCAAGGCUCAAGUUGCCCUCUCUAAAUCGAACAAGUCCUUCAUUUCGACUGCCUCUACAAUCUUUAGCACGCUCCCUGAAGGCACUGUCGGCGUCUGUGAGCCGCUCUACCUUAGCUUGCUCAGCAGGUAUAUUUACGCUCUCACUAUUGUCGACAUGGCUAAUGGCAAGGCUGUCAUGAUCAUCGAACCGGAUGGCCUCCUCUUCCAAUGCGCCCAGGAAGUUUUCAGCAACCGCGGCAUCUGGUUUAUGGGUGCUUCCACGGAUGAGCGUCGUAGUCGAGUUGUUCCCGAUAUGGCCUUUGUUCAUUCACAGUCGACUUCAAGGCAGAUCAAGGCCCUCUAUCCCCUCGACGGAGCUUGCAUUGUCAACAUGCUGCCCAAGACUCACGACGUCUCUCGCAUGCUUGUUGACUCGGUGCCUGAGAAUUGCGAGUAUCUCACCCAGGAUAAACUUAUCUCGACUCACUUCACGGCGCACCCCAACGCGGCAUUCGUUCAGAGGCUCUGGGAAGAGGCUGUGGCGCUUUCUUACAACAGCAUGAAGAGCAUGCUGCUUGAUGCCAUCGAGCCUUCUUUCGACAUCCUGGACCCCAUCACUUUGCCGAAGUUGCUUGACUCUACUGUGUCUGGUGAGGCUUUCCAGAUGCUCGACUGGAAGGCCGAGAGGUCUAUCGCUCACAUGAUUAAGCCUAUCGUGGGUGAGAAGAUGCUUCGCCCUAACAGGACCUAUGUCCUGGUCGGUAUUACUCGCGACAUGGGCCAGAGCCUCUGCUCUCUCUUCAUCGAGCAGGGUGCUCGUCACCUUGUCUUGUGCAGUCGAAACCCCCCGAAGGAGCAGCCUCAGUGGCAGAAGGAGCUCAAUGCUCGCGGCAUCAAAAUCAAGUUUGAGGCGAUGGAUGUUACCAACCUCAACACGGUGAUUGCCUUCAAGACGAAGCUUGCCGAAGAUUCCUGGCCGCCUGUCGGAGGCGUGGUCAACGGUGCCAUGGUUCUUGACGACCGUGUGUUCUCCGAGAUGUCCGUGGAGACUUGGAAUCGUGUCAUGAAUCCCAAGGUGGUCGGUUCCAGAAAUCUCGACACGGUCUUCGACUCUCCAGAUAUGGACUUCUUCAUCAUGACCUCGUCUUUCGCUGCCAUUGGCGGCCAUGCCGGUCAAUCGAACUAUGCUGCGGCUAACAUGUACAUGAACGGCAUUGCCGCUUCUCGUCGGUGCCGCGGAUUGCCGGCCACGGCUCUGAACAUUGGGGUCGUCUACGGCCUUGGCUUCUUGCACCGUGAGAAGGACGAUCUGUACGCCGGUCUCGAGCGUGAGGGAUACCCACCCAUUUCCGAGCGUGAUCUUCAUCAUAUGUUCCUCGAGGCCAUUGCUGCUGGAAAGCCUGUGGGGCACACCGUCUACGACAUCACUACGGGCAUGAACCGAUUCCGCAUGGACGCACCGAAUCAGCACUGGCAACUCGAUCCUCGUUUCUCUCACAAUACCCUCCCCGAGGAGGACGAAACCGCCGCUGGUUCUGCCGGCCAGCAGAUCAAGUCUCUUGCCGAGGAUCUUGAUGCCGCCACCACCAAAGAGGACGUGAUGAAGGUGUACGUGCCUGCCUUUAUCGGCCGCUUGGAGGCACUUCUGCAGAUUUCCGAGGGCGAAAUCACACCUGCCAACAGCGUCACGGAGCUUGGUGUCGACUCUCUUAUCGCAGUCGAAAUCCGCUCCUGGAUAUGGAAGACGGUCGCCCAAGAUGUUGCAGUGAUGAAGAUCCUCAGCGCUACCAGCAUUUCCCAGUUGUGCGAAGGAAUUGCCAGUGAUCUUUUGGUCGCCCGCGGUGCUGCAGCCAAGGAUUCUACUGCUCCUACUGAACAGAAGGAGACCCCCGCUGGCUCUCAGACUUUGCAGGCUGCUAGUGGCUUGGUCAAGUCGGCUCCGAGCACCACUCCAUCUCUCGAGGCUUCGGCUAGCACUUUGACUGAAGCCACUGUGGUUUCGAUUGUCAGCACUUCCACUGUGGUUUCCAGUGCCAGCACUGCUACCAGCGUUGAUGGUGACGCUGACGAAGAUAACGCCUUGUCGGCUAGUUGGGAGGACGUAGGAAAGAAGGAGUCUUCCAUUUUUCUCUGAGCGAUGGAUGGUGGGAUUUUCCGGUGCGAUUUGGUUUGAUGGUUCGAUUUCUUUUCAUUCUCUCUACUACUUGUUCUUUGUUCUCUUCUCUUCCACUGUACUAGAGUGGAAUCACUUUUUCUAGAUCUUUUUGCACUUGCUCUCACGAGCUGGCUAGAUAGUCAUGGUCACUAU